AGACGACGCAGCGCCUUGUCGACGUCAGGCAGAGUUAAUCGAGAAGGAUAGAGCCUAUUUUGAUGUGCUGGUGUACUGUCCAUUUUUGACCGGGACCAAACUUGAGGCUAUAAGAUGUUUUUGUCUGGGGCUCUUCGCUCGGCUGUCUCUCACACGGCCAGACAGGUCAGGCAUCUGCAUCGGUCUGCUGCACGUGCUGGAGCUGGGGGCAUCUUUGUGCACAGAGAUACCCCUGACAACAACUCUGAUAUCCCAUUUGAGUUCACUGAAGAGAACAAAAAGAGGAUUCAAACCAUUAUUUCCAUGUACCCUGAAGGAUACAUGCAAGCAGCCACUCUUCCAGUGUUGGAUCUUGCCCAAAGGCAACAUGGAUGGCUCCCCAUCUCAGCAAUGAACAAGGUUGCAGAAGUGCUAAAUAUACCUCCUAUGAGGGUGUAUGAAGUAGCAACAUUCUACACCAUGUACCUGCGUCAGCCUGUGGGAAAAUACUUUAUUCAGAUCUGCACAACAACACCCUGCAUGCUCUGCAACUCUGACAGCAUCCUGGAAGCCAUCAAAAACAAACUUGGUAUCAAGGUUGGUGAGACUACUCCAGACAAGAUGUUCACACUAAUAGAAGUGGAAUGCCUAGGUGCCUGCGUCAAUGCUCCAAUGGUCCAGAUCAAUGAUAACUAUUAUGAAGAUCUAACGCCUAAGGACAUAGAGAAUAUUAUUGAUGAUCUAAAGGCAGGCAGAGUUCCACCACCAGGGCCCAGAAGUGGGCGUUUCUCUUGUGAGCCUGCAGGAGGCCUGACUUCUCUCACAGAGCCUCCGAAAGGACCAGGCUUUGGUGUAAGACAGGAUCUGUAGAGACUGUUGGUAAAUGUCUCAUUUUUGCCAACAGCAAACCUUUCACUGAAACUGAUAUGUAUAAUGCAAACAUAUUGUGUAAAUAAAUUGUUCAUAAAGCUACGCUCUACAUGUCAUUGCAUCACAGUUAUAUUAAUGAGACAAAAAUAAAAUUGAACAAAUUUUAUAUUA